CGUAUCCUCCGCCGGACCGCCCACCGGAUCGAGGACAAAAACAAUCGGCAUCUCUCUCACAGUACAACAUCAACAAGAGGACAGAAACGAAUUUAUUUACCGUUUUUUCUACCGACACGGGCAGCACGAAGGGCGACAUGGUUUCUCCGGUAACAGUGGUCAAGAGUGAAGGCCCUAAACUGGUGCCAUUCUUCAAGGCGACCUGUGUUUACUUUGUCCUGUGGCUGCCCACCUCCAGCCCAUCCUGGUUCAGUGCCCUGAUCAAAUGUCUGCCCAUCUUCUGCCUGUGGGUGUUUUUACUGGCCCACGGCUUCAGCUUCCUCGGCGCUCACUCCAGCGCUCGCAAGAUCCUGGCUGGUCUCAUCUUUUCUGCGCUGGGUGACGCCUUUCUAAUCUGGCAGGAGCAGGGCUACUUCGUCCACGGCCUUCUGAUGUUUGCCAUCACCCAUAUCCUCUACUCGUCUGCCUUCGGGAUGAAGCCCCUCAACGGGCGCGCUGGCCUGGUGAUCACUGCCGUGUCCUCUCUGAGCUACAUGCUGCUGUACCCCUACCUGUCCGGCCCCUUCACCUACCUGGUGGCCGUCUACAUCGCCCUGAUCGGCUUCAUGGGUUGGAGGGCCAUCGCAGGCUUGCAGCUGACCAACGACCUGUGGACCUGGACCAAGCUGUCGGCGUGCCUCGGCGCCGUGCUCUUCAUGGUCUCCGACCUCACCAUCGCCGUCAACAAGUUCUGCUUCCCCGUGCCCCAUUCGCGAGCCAUCAUCAUGGCCACCUACUACGCCGCCCAGAUGCUCAUAGCGCUGUCCGCCGUGGAGUGCCAGGAUGUGGAGGUGGCCAGGAAGAGAACAUGAGGAGCGGUGGUCUCCAAAGAGCAUGAGGCUGGGAUGGCGGCAGCUGCUCCCCCUCCGGCCCUGAGUGAUCAUGGACACAUCUCACUGCCAGAUCCCCGACCCCCGGCCUUCAUCUCAGCGUGGCGCUCCCACGCUGUCGUCACCAUGGCGACCGGUCCACCACAGUUUAUACAUGGCUAUCACCCACUAAUAUGGUAGUGUCACACGUGUCUUCUUACCUAGAAGAUGGUAUUAUCUUCAUCCUCUCCCGACAACAGUCCUACCUGCCUCCUCCGAACCUAGAAAGGCUGUCUCUUAACCUAGUUACCAUGGAGACGAGCGUAGUGAUAUUAACCUGCUAUGUCGAGAGUAUUCAUUUAGUUUAACUGCUACGUUUUAAUUUAAUGGGAGCGUGUCGUUGAUCACCUUUAGGGAGUGCGUAUGGGAGAGCGAUGUUGUGUGUGUGCAUUUAUGUGUUUGAUUAACACUCUUACCUCGCCUUCCACACAGUCCUCUCACACACAGUCACACACUGACUCCCAGCACACACGCCUAUUUUAUGUGGUCCAGUAAUGCAAUUUACAAUUUUAUGUUUGUAAUGUGUUUAAUUGCUUCUUACCUUGUUAAAAAGGGAGUUUUUUUUUAAUUUGCCCAGAUUUGUUUUUGACUCUCCGUUGCUCUGUGUUCCCUUCAAUUAGGGUGCUAUUCUCAAAGCCAGGAGCAUAUUCACUGCUGUUUUAUCAUCCACAGUCCCUUCCAUUUCACUCACUGCCUUUGUUCGCUCACUAUUUAACAUCCCACCCAGUCUCUCUGGAUGAAUUGAAUCUUUUUUUUUUCUAUUAAGAUGUCCUUGAAUAGCAAGAUGUACAGAGGAAUAAUGGCAGAGACAGACAAAAAAAGUAAACCAAUGAGGUGGAAAGGCAGGAAGGGAAAGUUGCGUGUCUACAGAAAUUGUAGCUUAUUGUAGUACUUAUGUUAUGGCCCAGAGGGAGGUGGAGGUUGUUUGUGGAAGCUUGGUCUUUCCUGUUGCGUUCCUAUUGACACUGCUGUCAGUGUCCUGCCGUCACAAAGAGAACACAGUAAACACUGUAGUCACAGCAGACUAUACUGUACACAUAAUAACAUGCUGUACACUCCACCUCUCUCUCCUUUUUGGCCUGCCGGGUAUUUGUUUUGCCUGCCAGUCGUUUGUUAAGAAACAUGGGUGCAAACGUCAACACACACCUGACACCUACAGCUCCUGCUGGUCGGAGUUAUUAGGAAAAGUUCAUGGGGAUCUUAUUGCUAGACGAGAUCAGCCGACUCACGCUGUUGCUGGCCUGAGCUCUUGUAAUGAAGACUGAAAAGAAAGGGCUAUGUUACCGGCUGGAAUCUUUUUUUUUGUUGUUUACAGACGCUGUGUGUGUCUAUCUGGGCCUCAGAAGGCAUUCACUCACUCAUAACGACAUGAACACAAACACACACACAAACGCACACAUCUCCAGGGCAGCCUGACCAAAGGAAGAAAAAAAAAAAAAAGGAAGACAAGGGAACUGGCUGGUUAUGUGAGGGAACAGUUAUCCCUUUAUUCCUAAUAAUUCCUUCUCAUCAAACACUUCAUCAGCUUUAAUCCACCACAGCUAAUCCCCGACAGGUCGGCUGAUAUUUUGUCUUUCAUCUCUCACAUAUUUCUCCUUCUCACCUUUCAUUCCUCCCACCCUCUGAAAACGGUUUAUUUUAAAAUGAAGUGUCUUACUGAAUAUUUAAGAAUUAUUCUGUAAUCUUUUCUUUCAGAUGUCUACAUUUAUGCAUGUUUCUGAGUGUGUGUGUGUGUGUGUGUGUGUGUGUGUGUGUGUGUGUGUGUGUGUGUGUGUGUGUGUGUGUGUGUGUGUGUGUGUGUGUGUGUGUGUGUGUGUGUGUGUGUGUGUGCGUGAGCGUGCGUGUGUGUGAGUGUUGCGUGAACGUGUGCAUGUGACAAGUCAGAACCAAUUCAAGGCCAGAAAUGCUGUGAACUGAACCGACAUAGUUUAUACAGAGUAGACACACUACUGGAUAUUUUAAUGUAUUCUCACGAUGCUCUUAAGCCUGUCUUCAUCCCCAAAUCCUCCUCAGAACUGUACCUUUUGUUUCGUAACACACAUGUAUUGAUAUAUAUGAGGAGGCAGAUCCAAACUUCGGAAGGUCUUGACUUUACUUUUGUAGUAAUCAUUUCAUGCCAAGUAUAUGUCAGUGGCAUUAACACCACUAAGAGGUUAUUUUAAAGGAAAGAGUUUUAUUACAAAAGUAUGCUAGGAAGUAUUAAUCACUAUGAGAAAUCAGUGAUAAGGGAGAGAUAUUGUUGUGUAAUCUAAAAACACCCAAAUAUCAGGUAUGCUAAAUACAGUAUCUGUUUAUAAAAUAGGCAUGCGUGGAAAAGAAACAAACCUGUGUUGUGGGUUCCUUCUGCUAGGUCACUGACCCCGAGAGCUGUCGGUAACACACCCUCAUACGCACAAAAAAACCCACACACGCAUCAAAACGUGUUUAUGCACCACAUCAGCCACCAUGACGGAUCUGCAGGCAGACCAUGGUGUUGACGCUCUUCAAGGUUUUUUGAAUAUCAACAGCGCAGUUUAUGCUUUGACCAAGAAAGACACUGGCCCAAGUGGCUAUUCUUUCCCAGAUAGUUCCUCAAUCUCCUUUCAGCCUGUCAGCAUGCUUGUCAGCACAAUCUCUCUGCUUUGUCAGUCACAAGUGUUUCAUCAGUCUGGCUAUGUGACCACUCGUCUUCUGUUCCAUGUUUGAAUUUGUUUCCAGCAUUUGAGAUGAGCCUUUGUGCUGACGGCCAUCCACAGAGGCUCGCUAGCAGACGUUUGUGUUUAUUCUGUCUUUAAUCAGGGGUUAGUGGAGUACAAGUAGAGAUGCUAGUUAACACAACUGACUCUAGUACGCUGCCUCAAGUACAACUAUGAGGGGAUGGCAAGACUGAGUCAAGCAGUCUUACUCAUUCGUACUAUGUGGGCAAUUUAUGUAAGCGCUACUUACUUUGUCCUCUGACUUUAGUUGUAGUGGGUCCACACCAGAAGACAUGCUUUAUUUAGAAGCAUUUUUGUAACGCUUUCUCAACCAGUUCACACUCAGAAAUGUCACUCUGAUGUUUGAACAUCUGAAAGCAAGAAAUAAAUUAGUUAUUGUGCCUAUUUGGAGGAUUUAGUUUUAAUUAUUGGCUCCAUUUCACCUCCAAAGGGCACAAAUAACCAAAGCUUAAUAGAAAACUGAGCUCAUCUGAACCAGUGUAACUUAUUAGCAUUACAGGCCUCUCGUGUGUCAAACAACCUUUUGUUUUGGAGGUGACAGUCGCCUCCUCGCCGGUGCAGGAUUGCUUCUGGCCUUCCAGUUAGGAAGGAGGUUAUUGUUGAGCGAUAUUGUAGCUGGAAUUAGGUUAGGAGGUGAAAUAUGACACACAGGGGAAGACUGUCUUUCCAUCCAGCCUGUUAGCUGCCAUCCUGUUCCCCCCACAGAUGGCAGGCCAGCAGGCAGCAUCACUUUACCUCAGCCUGUCAACAGCCCUGUUGUUCUGAGCUUUGUGUGUGCAGACAAAAGGGACCUGAGAGAGCUGUGGGAGGUCAGUAUGGUUCGGCCUCCGCAAAGAGCUGGAACCAGUAGCUAGAGAGAGCCUCACGUGGUCCUCUGCAGAAGUUGGCACUUUUCUUUUGAUUUAAAGUUUCUUUUCUUUGAUUUGAACCGUUUGCUGUGAAUGCGCUGUGGCUCACCAUCGUGCAGCCGUGACAUUCAAAACAUAGAGCUGUAAAAGUUUGUAUAUCUUUACUCAUGCAUGACAAGUAGCUUGAAAUGAAUCCUUUUACCACAGUGCUCACUAUACACCCAGGUGUUUUUUUCUACAAUUGACAGUCCUGCAUCAUUAGAAUAAGCUAAUGAGAAGUAUGUAAAAUAACCACCUUCUCUUUGUAGUGUACCAUGUGCUGCACUUUUCUUACCCACAUUAAGGCCAGUCUGUCUCUCCUGCAGUGUUUAAAACCAAGGAUUGGUGUGUACUGUAUCCUCUGAAGUACGUGCUCCUUUUUUUUCCUUUUCUUGAUUUUUUUCUUUGAAGAGAGAGAAGACAAAAGUUUUGAAAGUGACAAAUCAACAUGUGAGAAUCUUUUCUCUUGAAGUGUUACCAACCUGUAUGUAUAACUCUUUCUUGAAAGUGUUAUCCUUUCUUUUUCAAACAAGGAAAACCUCAUUUUUUUCAUUUUUAUUUUUGCUUGUCACUGUGGGAAAAGUUAAGUUUAUUUCCUACAAAUAAUUAGAUUGUUAUUUUUCUUUUGAAGGCCCAUUACAAUGCAUCAUUUGACUUCCUUUUAUGACAAAGUGUUUCUCAUUUUUUUCUUCUAUAAUAUACUGUAGGCUACCUUGCUGUCCUUGAUUUUCACUUUGUGAUUCAUUUCUUUAGAAAUAGUUUCUUUGCUGUAGUGAAACUGCUAUGAAUGUGAAUAUCUAUUGGAGAAAUAAAUGCAAUUACAAUGCAACUUCAA